AUGGACUAUCAGAAUAGAGCUGGUUCCAAAAAGGGUACUGGUGGGAUAGCAUCUGAACAGUUAUCAAAUUUGCAAAGAAGGAAACAAGUUGAUGAGCUCUUAAGGCAAGGUGAGGAAGUAGGCUACACUUUUGAACAAGAUAAUGGCGAUGAAAAUUUGGAUGAUAAGCUGCAGAAGAAUCCAUACAUAUAUAAGAACCAUUCAGGUAAAUUGGUUUGCAAACUUUGUAAUACCAUGCAUAUGUCAUGGACCAGUGUAGAAAGACAUUUAAGUGGUAAGAAACAUGGUUUGAAUGUACUACGACGUGGUAGUUCUGGGACUAAAGGUAAUGAAAAUUAUAACAAUCUAGAACAAGAUCGAAUAAUGCAACAGUUUCAAGCUCAGGUUGAAGAAAGAAGGAAUAAUUUAAAAAAUUCUGGAAUUUGUCCAGAAUGCAAAGUUUGUAAGAUCAAAGAUGAGGAAAGUGGUCUUGUAGGACUAGCCGUAGAGGUAAACUAUCAAAUUAAGAAUGAUUUAUUGGAAAUCGAAGAAGAUACGAUCUAUCAACCAUUUAUACGGAUUGUAUCUGGGAUUGAACUAUCCCAUGAUUCAGAGAAGGACAAAAAAUAUUUAGUAAUUGCAUAUGAACCUUUUGAAAAUACUGGCAUUGAGAUACCAAAUAAAGAGGUGUUAAUGGAUUCUAAAUCAAAAGAAGUUAUAACGGUAGAGAAUUUUAACGAGAAGUGUUCAUAUUGGGACAAAGAUUCAAAAAAAUUGUAUGUUCAAUUUUUUUUUAAAGAACUAUAA